AUGCGUCAAAUUCACGAUAUCAACAACGAACGUCUCAAAAUCUCCAACGAACAAGGCAUCGGUUAUACCGUUGUUUCUCUGAUCGUCCCCGGUAUCCAGGGCAUCACGGAUAAGGCCGAAGCCGAGCGUCAUGCUGGCCCUGAUGGCGAAACCUACCUCUUCUACGACCCGUCUCAGUACGAUGCUUUCUGGAAGGUCCUCACUGAGUUGGAGUUGGACGUCCCGCUGUACAUUCACCCCUCCGGUCCGACUGGUGUCAUCCUGCACACCCUUGGUCUAAUCACCAACGGCGUCUUCGACCGUUCCCCCAACCUUAAGGUCAUCAUCGGACACCACGGCGAGCAUAUCCCAUUCGACUUCUGGCACAUCAACCACUGGUUCGAGGAUGUCAAGAAGCCUAUCGCGAAGGAAGAAGACGUAACCACCAUGUGCAAGAAGACCAUCUAUGACUACUUCAAGAAGAACAUCUGGCUCACCACCAGCGGUCACUUCUCAACCGCUACCUUGAAGUACGUGGUUGAUGAGCUUGGUGUCGAUCGGAUCCUCUUCAGCGUCGACUAUCCCUAUGAGACCAUCGAAGCUCAAUGUGGAUGGUGGGACAACGACGCCAAAGCAAUCGCGGAGGCUGUUGGUGGUUUUGACAACUACCGUCGCAUUGGUCGUGACAAUGCAAAGGCCCUUUUGAAGCUCGGCAAUUUUCACGACUCGGAGGCCCCUGUCACUGUUUAGGCCUGCUGUGCUUGUUUAGCAGAGGAUUCUGGGUCUCCUUAUCUAUGACAAAUUUGUUAGUCGAUUGCUUAAUAUUCCUAUCGAACUUCUCCAGAAGUUAUAUAAGCCACUAGCGAUCUUGUGCAUUAGCUGUUACCAGAGAAUCAUUUAUCUUAUCUUGAAUUCAG